AUGAGUGCCGGAAAGUGUGAAGUUUGCCUCGAGGAGAAACCCAAGCUCGUCACUUGCGGUCGCUGCGGCAAUCGCAAGUACUGCGGUGUUGCUUGUCAAAGAAAGGACUGGUCCACCCACAAGCACUCAUGCCAGCCCAAGAAACAACCCUCAUGGAUCCUCAAGAUCACCAUUCCUGACUCUAGAGAUCCUCAGAUCUGGCGCACCCUGGUCUGCCCUGAUGGCGCAACCUUCCAGGAGUUGCAUUACGCCAUCCAGGUCGCUUUCGGCUGGGCAGCAGCACACAGCUAUGACUUUGUUGCCCGUGAUCCCACUGCCGAAGAGCGCUCUGUCGAGGACAUCAAGGCUCUGAUACAGCGUCGCAUGGCUCAAGACAAUGGCGAACAGAGGGACUUUGGACCUCGCCAGAACUUUAUACGCAUCGUCAAUCCAAACGACAACAAAAUGAUUGAUUCGCUGCACUCAUGCGACCGCAAGCAUUCUCAAACUCCUGAGAAGAAGGCGGACAAAGUCUACGUCGGCGAGCAAUUCAGCAAAAAGGAGUGGAAGAACGCAGAGUGGGAAUACAUGUACGAUUUCGGCGAUAACUGGGGUCACGAGAUUGAAAUCAUUGGACGUGGUAACGUUGAUGACACUUUCAAGUGCACUGAUGGAAAUGGUCAUGGUAUUGCUGAGGACGCUGGAAGCAUGCCUGGCUGGGAGGAGUUGAAGAAUGCUUAUAGAGCUGCAAACCCGACUAAGGAGCAGAAAGAGAAAAUGAAUUGGUUCGAGCAGAAGGCAAGUAAUUUUGAUCCUGAGGGACUAAAAGGAAGAGAAAGUUAUGUCGACCUGAGCGUCAUCAAUGCUCUGCUUCGCAGCAGUAUGGACUGCAUGGACUAG